AUGUCGUCGGCCAAAGCAUCCGGCUCAGAUGCCAAUAAUGGAAGCGCAAAGUCGCGCGAUAACGGCACCCAAGAUCGCAAAGUCACCCCCGAACAGAAGAAAGAAGUAUUGCGCAUCCUUGGCUGCGGGUCUGAUUUCUACGUGAUUCUCGGAGUUGAUCUGACGAAGUACUCAAAAUCAGAAGUCACAAAAAGUGUUGUCAGAAAGGAGUACAUGAAAAGAAGUUUGUUGGUCCAUCCGGACAAAAACGUUCAUGAUCGUGCAGCCGAGGCCUUUAAGAGACUUUCACAUGCCGCCGAAGUUCUUAUGGACGCCGAUAAGAAGGCUCAUUUCGACAGAUUUGGAGCGGACCCUGAUGACAGAUCCAGUGGUAGACCAGGACCGGCAAGUGCUGGUGCAUCUCCAUUUGGAGGUGGCUUUGGAGGUGGCGGUGGUGGAGGCUUCGCCGAAGAGAUAUCACCAGAAGAGUUAUUCAGCCGAUUUUUCACUGGUGCCUUUGGUGGAGGAGGUGGUGGUUUCAACACAUUUGGUGGUCAACAAUUUGCGUUCAACAUGGGAGGUCCAGGUAUUCGCGUGCAUCAGUUCGGAGGGGCCACACCGCGACGACGACCUCGUAAUGCCGCGGGCGAUGCCAACCCUUCGGCUGGAACUCCUCCCGAUGCAUGGACUCUGAUCCGUCAAUUACUACCUCUCUUGGUUCUCUUCAUCCUCCCCCUCCUCUCAUCACUCUUUUCAGGCUCAUCUACACCCAGCGGCCCAACUUUUCGAUUCAAUAACGUUGACCCGUACACCCAGAGUCGCACAACAUCAAGGCUUAAUGUCAAUUAUUUCGUGAAUCCAACCGAAAUGGAGGAUCAUAGUCCUCGGAAAGUUCGGCAACUGGAUCAGCGUGUCGAAGUGGAGUAUGUGAACUCGCUGAAAUUUGCCUGCGAUCAUGAGAUACAUACACGGGACCGAAAGAUCCAAGAUGCCCAGGGCUGGUUCUUCCCGGAUGUAGAGAAGAUGAGGGAGGCGCGAGCAAUGGAAUUAAACAGCUGCAAUCGGCUAAACCAACUCAAGGGGAGAUACUAA